AGAACCUCAAUUUUCUCUUCACUUCAGAAAAUCAAAAUUAACAUCACAGCAAGCGCGAGAGAUCAAUUCGGAGUUCUUCAUUUUUCCCGAGUCAAAUCAAUCUUUUCGUCCCGUUCCUAUCAAAUAGGGGUUUCAGCUCUCAAGGGUUUAAUCAGAUUGGUUGAUUCGUUAACUUAAAAACAAUAUUUGUGUCUUCUAAGCAUUCUCCUAACCUCUUUACUAUCUUGCUUCCAUGAGUUUAGAGUUUGUUCAAGUAAUUCUAAAGGUUCCACCUUUAUGCUUCGAUAAAGAUUAGGAUUUGAUACCAAUUGAUCAGCGUUAUUGUAUGGACCUAUAAAAAUUGUUUCUUUAUCAGCCUUUAUCCUCUGUAUCGGAAUAACUUCACCUUUUUAUGAUGAUUUAGAUCCACAAUCCCAGAUUUUUCACUAGUCUUAUCUUCCUUAGUCGUUUCUAUUAUCAAAAAGAUAUCAUUAGCUUUUUUUUGUAGGCUUUUGAGAGAUGGUUUCUAUGCAUAGAUUUUUGUCUCUGAGAGUUUUGCCUUACUUGUGAAACAAAGUUCUGGUUUUUAAUUGUUCCUUUGCUUCUUCUUAUGUGAUAAUCUUUUAGGUGAAUGAGAAAUGGAGACUAAAGGUGGAAAAAAGAAGUCUAGUAGUAGUAACAGUCUCUUCUACGAAGCUCCUCUUGGAUACAGCAUUGAAGACGUUCGACCAAACGGUGGAAUCAAGAAAUUCAGAUCUGCUGCUUACUCAAACAUCACUCGCAAACCAUCCUGAUAUUCCUCAAUACGUUUUCCUCCUAACCACUUAACAAGCGUGGUUGAUCAAACGUUCUAGCUUUAACGAUCUUUUGCUUUCAAAACUCUUCUUCCUCUUUAUUUGCACUCAUCUUUUAAAAAAUGGCUGUCUCUGCUAUUGGUUUUGAAGGAUUUGAGAAAAGGCUUGAAAUUUCGUUCUUCAAGCCUAGUGUCUUUCUUGAUCCCGAGGGAAAGGGUCUACGUGCUCUUACUAAAGCCCAACUAGAUGAGAUCUUGACUCCAGCAGCGUGCAGCAUUGUUUCCUCGCUUUCAAACUCUUUUGUCGACUCUUACGUGCUCUCUGAGUCUAGCCUCUUUGUCUAUCCUUACAAGAUCAUCAUCAAAACAUGCGGGACUACAAAGCUGCUCCUUUCAAUCCCACAUAUCCUUAAUCUGGCUGAUUCCCUUUCCCUCACAGUCAAAUCCGUCCGCUACACUCGUGGAAGUUUUAUUUUCUCUGUAGCUCAAUCAUACCCUCACCGUUGCUUCUCAGAGGAGGUUGCUCUACUUGAUGGCUAUUUUGGUAACCUCAAAUCAGGAAGCAAGGCUUUAGUGAUGGGAGGAUCAGCUAAUAACCCUCAGAGAUGGCAUGUCUACUCUGCUUCUUCUUCUUCUGAUGAAGCUGCUGCAGCUUGCGACAAACCCGUGUAUACAUUGGAGAUGUGCAUGACUGGUCUAGACAAGAGAAAGGCUUCGGUGUUCUUCAAAACCCCUUUGGUUUCAGCUUCUGAGAUGACUCUUAGCUCUGGUAUCAGAAACAUCCUUCCAAGCUCUGAAAUCUGCGAUUUUGAGUUUGACCCGUGCGGUUACUCGAUGAAUUCAAUUGAAGAAGAUGCGGUUUCGACCAUUCACGUGAUACCAGAAGACGGUUUUAGCUAUGCAAGCUUUGAAACAGUUGGCUAUGAUCUAAAAGCUUUGAACUUUAAGGAGUUGGUGAACAGGGUUCUGGUUUGUUUUGGACCGGGAGAGUUCUCUGUAGCGGUGCACGCUGAUCAUGGGACAGGACUAUUGGCGCGUGACUGUGUGGUUGAUGUGAAGGGAUACUUGAUCAAAGAGAGAGGACUAGAGGAGCUUGAGCUUGGUGGUUCGGUUCUUUACCAGAAAUUUGUCAAGACUGUUGAAUGUGGCUCACCGAAAUCGACUCUUAGGUUCUGUUGGAAAGAAGAAGAAGUGGUUAAAGAAGAAGAGUGAUAUAUAUUCUGAUUUAUUGGUCUUUGUGUUUUGUUUUUGAAUAAGAUAGAACUGUAGAUCUCUGAAGAAUAUGUUAUGUUCUGAUGAAAGUAGUUCUUGUUUGGGUUUUUAACGUUGGUGAUUGUUAUGUUCUCUGGGUUCUGCAUCAGAGAGAUUUUAAGUUAUGUGCUUUGUUGUGUUUGAGCUUUGAAGAUCUUUUAAUGUUGGUAUGGUCGUGAUAUGAUGUUAUUUGCUUU